AUGGGCCCCAAGAAGAAGGUAGACAACCGCGGAGGCGGUCCAAAGCCUGGAACUAAGCAGGCUAAGGCUGCAGCAGAGAAAUCGGACAAAAAGCCCGCACCAGCCGCCCCUGAAGAGCCGAAGAAGCCGACCGUGAAGGAGGUUAUUGGCGGCGCAUCAUGGACAGGCAAACUGCCAGUGAAUAUGCUGUCGGAGCAUUGUCAGAAACAAAAAUGGGAGAGGCCAGAGUACGGAAUGAUCCAAUCUCGUGAUGGCUUCAUAUCCUCAGUGACCCUCAAAAAGGUUGACCCAAAAACCAAAGAAUUGACUGUGCUCCCACCGAUGAAAGUACCUCCCUCCCAUAAAGAAGUUGCGACACAAACUACAGCCCUGGAAGCCCGCCAUUUCGCCGCUGCAUAUGCCCUUUUCCGUGUCUGCAAUAUGCGCAACCUACACAUGAUGCUUCCACCAACAUACAAGAAGCUAUGGAGAGAAGAUUUCACCGACAUAAAGACGACAGAUACAAAGGAGGGCAAAGGCUGGCUUUAUGAAGCGGAUCCAUUCCUAGCCAAGCAAGAACGCGAGAGUGCGGCUGCCGACCUGGAGAAGAAGAGGGCAGAGCGUCUCAAGGCGCAAGCCAAGGAGAAGGUUUCUUCCGCUGAUAUCGGGCUAGGAACGGGAGAUGGAAAAAGUAAACGCAUUUGGUCACAAGCCCCCAAAGUGGACAUGGGCGCUCGCAUUCGUCGUGAUAUUGAAGGUCUUUUACGGCAACAUACAGUUUGGAACGCUCAUGGUGUGAAGAUUCCACAGAAGGAAAUGCAGGCCAUUGUGGAGGAAUUUUCAAAACUUGGGUUCCGUCGCAGCCAUGUUGAAGAGGCUGCGGCUGAAUGUAAAGACCGCGAGGAGGUUUUGGAGUGGCUGCUCGUCUAUGUCCCCGAGGAUGAUCUGCCGCGCUGGAGUUUGCCCGAGGGCUACUCUGCCGGUGUCAGUCUUGUGUCUGGAGAUUUGGCCCGUGAAGCAAAGAUCAAGAGACUUGCUUCGGUUGGUUACCCGGCUGAUCUUUGCUCACAAGUACUCGAUAAUAAGAAGGGCGAUGAACUCGCCGCUGCAGAAUAUCUGCAAAGCACAUUGGCCCAUGGAGCAGCAUUCGCGUCUGCUUCUACGCCCGAUGGCGAUGCGGAAGCUUGGAAUGAGGAACAGGAGACCUUGGAGGCUAUUUUUGGUGACCGCUAUUCCCGAAUUUCAGACAGGGUCUGCGAAAUCAAGAGCGAAGCUCCCGAGCUUCCAGAAAACACCAUCAUUCGCUUCCAGGAACCAUCUACCCAUUACCCAACCACCCCGCCUGUCAUAAUCAUCCAGGCUAAGAGCAUACCGGCUUAUAUUCGACUCAGCGCGAUUCGUCGGGCGGUGCAGUAUGCCGAAGAGAAUUUCAGCGGAGAGUCUAUGAUCUUCAAUAUUUUGGACUGGUUGGAGGUAAACCUCACUGAUAUUAUGGAGAAUCCUGGCAGGCUACGAGAGAUCUCCGCUGUGACUGCUUCGUCAUCAGCUGAAACUAAGGAGAUCCCUUUACGAUCUGGUCGCAAGCAACGCAAGGGUAUCGACUGGAAGGCCAACUCUCCUCAGAGCCUCGCCAUUCGGGAUGCAUGGGAAGCCAAGCAAGACACUGCAGCACAGAUUGAUAUGUCCCGGAAACGACAGUCGUUACCUGCAUGGAACAUCCAAGAUGCCAUCAUCCAGACCAUCAACUCAAACCAAGUUACCAUUAUCUCUGGUGAAACUGGUAGCGGUAAAAGUACACAAUCUGUACAAUUUGUCUUGGAUGACAUGAUUAAGCGUGGACUUGGAGGGGCUGCAAAUAUUAUCUGCACUCAGCCUCGAAGGAUUUCAGCCCUUGGCCUCGCUGACCGUGUCAGUGAUGAACGUUGCUCAACCGUGGGUGAUGAGGUUGGAUACGUGAUCCGUGGCGAGUCGAAAGCUAAGCAGGGUGCCACUAAGAUCACAUUUGUGACCACUGGUGUCUUGCUCCGCCGAAUCCAGUCUGGCGGUGACGCCGAUGGCAACAUCGGAAGCUCCUUGGCGGAUGUUUCUCACGUUGUGGUUGACGAAGUCCACGAGCGUAGUUUGGAUACUGAUUUCCUCUUGGCCCUUCUCCGCGAUGUUUUACGCUACCGAAAGGAUUUGAAGGUUAUUCUCAUGAGUGCUACACUCGAUGCGGAUGUCUUCCGAAAUUACUUCGGUGGCUAUGAUAAUGUCGGCUUGGUGAAUAUCCCAGGUCGAACGUUCCCUGUCGAUGACUACUAUCUCGACGAUGUGAUAAGGUACACCGGCUUCGCUCCCGAGUUGGAUGAUGACUUUGAGGACGAUGCUCCACGAGAGCAGGAGUCCUUGGGCAAAGCUCUGCGAAGCGUAGGCAUGGGCAUCAACUAUGAGUUGAUUGCGACCACUGUUGAAUACAUUGAUGACCAACUUGCUGAGCAAAAGCGUGUCUUCCAAAGUGCGCCCAGAGGAAAAAGGAAGGUUAUUGCCGCGACUAAUGUGGCGGAAACAUCCAUUACAAUUGAGGAUGUUGUGGCCGUCAUUGAUACUGGCCGAGUGAAAGAGACCAGUUAUGAUCCCAAGGACAACAUGGUCCGUCUUCAAGAGGUAUGGGCAUCACAGGCUGCCUGUAAGCAGCGUCGAGGUCGUGCAGGUCGUGUCCGUGCCGGUACCUGCUACAAGCUAUACACCCGCAAAGCCGAGUCGAAUAUGGCUCAACGGCCCGAUCCUGAGAUUCGCCGCGUUCCUCUGGAGCAGUUGUGUCUGUCUGUGAAAUCCAUGAAGGGCAUCGAUGACGUCGCCACGUUCCUUGAAAAUACUAUAACUCCCCCAGAAAGCAUCGCUGUCGAAGGUGCCCUCAACUUCCUGCAUAGAAUUGGAGCCAUGGAUCACAGCAGCCUGACGGCGCUGGGCCGAUACCUCUCCAUGAUUCCAGCUGAUCUUCGCUGUGCCAAGUUAAUGAUCUACGGUUCGAUCUUCGGGUGCAUGGAGCCCUGUCUAACCAUCGCUGCCAUCUUAACGGUCAAAAGUCCCUUCGUCUCUCCCCGCGAAAAACGAGAAGAAGCAGACGCCGCCAAGGCAGCCUUUUCACGUCCUGGCGAUGGAGAUCUUCUCACCGACUUAUUGGCCUACCAGUCCUGGUCCGAGCUAGUGCGUGCCAACGGCUACUGGAAGACGCAAACUUGGUGCGCAUCGAAUUUCCUUUCCCACCAAACCCUCCGUGACAUCUCGUCCAAUCGUGCCCAAUUCGUCACAUCUCUCAAAGACGCUGGCAUUUUGCCGGUAGAUUACACAGAUGCAUCCACGACCUGGAACCGCAAUGCCUCAAACCGAAAUCUCAUCCGUGCAUUGGUGGCCGGCGCAUUCCAGCCCCAAGUUGCGCGAAUCUCCUUCCCUGAUAAGAAGUUUGCCAGUUCGGUGACUGGUACGGUCGAGGUUGACCCGGAUGCUCGAACGAUCAAAUACUUUAACCAGGAGAAUGGCCGCGUCUUCAUUCACCCUAGCUCUAUCCUCUUCUCGGCGCAGGGAUACCCCAGUGCAGCAGCCUAUCUGAGCUACUUCACAAAGAUGGCGACAAGCAAGGUCUUCAUCCGUGAUCUCACUCCUUUCAACGCCUACUCUUUGCUCCUGUUCUGUGGCUCCAUAACUCUCGACACAAUGGGCCGUGGUCUUGUCGUUGAUGGCUGGCUCCGUCUCCGUGGCUGGGCCCGGAUCGGUGUUCUCGUCUCCCGUCUACGAACCAUGCUAGACGAAGCCCUUGCUGCGCGAAUUGAUAACCCAGCCCUUGGAUCGGAUGGUGGGGCGGGGGAUAAGGUGAUUGAAGCCGUGAAGAGAUUGAUCGAGUUCAAUGGACUUGAUCAAUGA